UUUUCCUUCAACUUUUAAAUGCGUUUGGUCUUUCAAUCCAGCCAGAUGCUGUUUCUUCUUGUCUGUGUAUAACUAAACUACUUUUAAAAAAUACAUACUCCUGUCUCAUCGAGUCCCGCCCGUAACACCACCCUACCCGAGAUAAAUGCGCCAAUAAACCAUCACCACAACCCAAAAUGGCGCACUCGAAACGAAACACCUCUCUUCCCCAUUUUACCUCCUACGAACGGGGCCUCCUCCGCUCAACCUGGGGCACCAAGCGCGGCGUCAUCAGCCGCGACUCCUUCCUCCCCUUUGGCUCCUGUCGACUCUGCCUGCAGCCAGCCCGAACCCCCGUCGCCUGCGCCACAAACGGCGAUCUCUUCUGUCGCGAAUGCGCCAUCAACGACCUCCUCGCGCAACGGCAGGAGAUUAAGCGUCUCGAGCGAGAACGCGAGGAGGCCCGGAAGCGCCUGGCCGAGGACGAAGAGCGAGCGCUCGAGGAUGCGCGGCGAAGGGAACUGCGCGAGUUUGAGCUCGUGAGUAUGGGGCUGGAGGCGGCGAAGCAUGAUCACGCGAAGGGGACUGGCGGCGGCGGCGGCGGCGGCGGGGAUAAUCGGCGGAAGCGCAAGGCGGAGGAGACGGAGGAGGCAUUGGCGGCGUUCAAGGCGCGCGAGAUUGAGGUCGACGGGAAGCGGAAGAAGAUCUUUGAGCUGGAUGAGAAGGAGAUGGCUCGGAUUGCGCGGGAGGAACAGGAGCGGUUGAAGCGGGAGCUGAAGCGGGAGAAGUCUGAGUCGAGCAAAUCCGCGCUCCCUUCGUUCUGGGUCCCGUCGCUCACGCCAUCGACCGAUCCCAAUGAAAUCGCCGCUAACAAGGCCGUCAAGAUGACGCCCAUCUGUCCGGGGUCGACGGACGAGAACCGCCAUGCCUAUUCGCUCAAAUCGCUGGUCGAUGUGCAUUUUACGGAGGAGAAGGCGGCGGACGGCACCGUCUCGCGGAUCUGUCCCAGCUGCAAGAAGAACCUGAGUAACGGGCUCAAGGCUAUGUUGGCGAAACCCUGUGGUCAUGUUAUCUGCCAACCGUGCGUCGCCAAGUUCAUGACGCCGCAUGAUGUCCCCGAUCCCCAUGCCAGCAAGGAGGAACAAGAGCGGACGGCGAAACUACACGGUUUGGUUCUCUGCUACGUGUGUGAGGCGGACAUUACGCCGCGGGAUCCCAAGGCCGAAGCUUUGGAGAAUGGAACUGAAAAGGGGAACGGGAAGAAGUCGAAGAAGAAGGAUAAGGAGCAGGGGAUUCGACCGGGGUUGGUGCAGGUCAGCUCGGAGGGGACCGGGUUUGCAGGGGCAGGAGGAAAUGUAGCGAUGAAGGCUGGGGUUGCCUUUCAAUGUUAAGAAUUGGCGCAUCCGCGGAGUUUUGAGGUUUUGGUAUGUACUUGUGAAAAAUGUAUUCCAGUAGCAGUUACUUGACUAGUUGACUAGACUAGAUGAUCUAUGAGAUGAAGGCCAUGUCCCAAUGCACGCCCAACGCCAGACAAAAUGAGAA